AUGUUUAGAGCUAAAGAUCGGCUGAAAAGACAAAGGAUUGAAAGUGAAUUACCAAUACCUCAAUUAAAAUCAGUUAGAAAAGAAUUAUUUUCAGGGAUAAAGUCUUAUUCAAAUUUUAGUUCCCAAAUUGGGGAUGACCGACCUAUAUCACAAUGUAAUUUUUCACCAGAUUGUAGUAUGGUGGCCACAGGAUCUUGGUCAGGAUUAUGUAGAAUUUGGAGUGUACCAAAUUCAUCAGGAGGAGCAGAUGGAUUGAUUCAUUUGUGGUCUUUGGAGAACGAGAAUCCAUUAAAAACACUUCAAGGGCAUACAGCUAGAAUAGCAAGAAUUGACUUUCAUCCCUCUGGGCGGUUUCUUGGAUCAGCAAGUUUUGAUUAUUCUUGGAGACUUUGGGAUGUUGAGACAACAGAGGAGUUAUUGUUACAAGAAGGACAUGCACGAGAAGUCUAUUCAAUUAGAUUUCAAUGUGAUGGAGCAUUAGUAGCAACAGGAGGAUUAGAUUCUAUUGGAAGAGUAUGGGAUUUGAGAACAGGUAGAUCUGCGAUGGUUUUAGAGGGGCACGUAAAAGAUGUUUUGUCUGUAGACUUUUCACCGAAUGGGUAUCAACUAGCAACAGGAAGUGCGGAUAACUCUAUUAGAAUUUGGGAUAUUAGAAAGUUGAGAAGUGUAUAUACUAUACCAGCACAUAAGUCACUUGUAUCAGAUGUAAGGUUUAAUAAUGGGGUGAGGCCAACAAUAUCAGGACUGUAUUUGGCAAGUUCAGGGUAUGAUGGACUUGUUAAUAUUUGGUCAUCAGAUGAUUGGACUUUAUUGAAAAGUUUGGCAGGACAUGAUGGCAAGGUUAUGACAGUUGACAUAUCUACAGGUUAG